AAAACCCUCUUUUCAAAACCUCGUUUCUCGAUUUAGUCAAGAACCCCUCUUUCGUUCUUCACUGUCUACCUCAAUUCUUCAUCAUCAAACCAUUCAUAAACACUUUCUGUUCUUCUUCUUUUUUGCAUUUUUAACCCAAUUUUAAGAACCCCAAAUAAAUUCCUCAGAACAACAAGAAUGGGGUUUUUGUGAUUUGGGAAUUCUGGGGUUUCUUGAUUUUGGUUUUUUUUCUUGAGAAUUUAUUGGAAUUCUCGUAAAAAAAGAGGGGAUUUUGUGUUGAAAUCAUGGUUGGUUUUAAGGGUUUUUUUACAAAGAAGACAUUGUUGGGACUUUUAUUGGGUCAGGUUCUCUCUCUUAUUGUCACCUCAACUGGUUUUUCAUCAUCUGAGCUUGCUAGAAGAGGAAUCAAUGCACCAACGUCACAGUCUUUAGCGAACUAUGUGUUGUUGGCGAUCGUUUAUGGUGCAAUUCUGAUUUGCAGGAAAGAUGGGAUGAAGGCAAAAUGGUACUACUAUUUACUUCUUGGCCUUGUAGACGUGGAGGCAAAUUAUCUUGUGGUGAAGGCAUACCAGUACACAUCGUUAACAAGUGUUAUGCUGCUCGAUUGUUGGGCCAUCCCCGUGGUCAUAGUCCUCACCUGGCUCUUCUUGAAGACAGAAUACAAGUUCAUGAGAAUUGCGGGUGUUGUCAUUUGUGUUUCUGGUCUCGUGCUCGUUAUUUUUUCAGAUGUACACGCAGCAGAUCGUUCACAGAGUGCGAGCAACCCUGUUAAAGGAGACUUGUUGGUCAUUGCUGGGGCUACGCUUUACGCUGUCAGCAAUGUUAGCGAGGAGUUUUUUGUAAAAAAGGCGGCCGAUAGGGUCGAACUCAUGGCAAUGUUGGGGCUCUUUGGUGCCAUUUUUAGUGCUAUUCAAAUAAGCGUGCUUGAGAAAGAGGAACUCAAAUCCAUCCACUGGUCUUCUGGCGCGGUGCUUCCAUAUGUUGGAUUCGCGGCAGCAAUGUUUCUAUUUUACUCAGGCGUGCCGAUCCUGCUUAAAAUGUGUGGCUCUACGAUGCUAAAUCUGUCUUUGUUGACAUCAGACAUGUGGUCGGUUCUGAUUCGCGUUUUUGUGUACCACGAAAAGGUCGAUUGGAUGUACUUUGUAGCGUUUGCUGCUGUUGCUGUCGGGCUGGUUGUUUAUUCAGCGUUUGAUAAAGAAGUAAAUGAAACCGGUGAACAAAGGAAACAUGAUGACGAGGAAGUUGGAGUGACGAGUUUAGGUAAGUUGAACACGAUGGUUGGGGACUCGAAUACAACUAUCGGUGAACGUAGCGUGUAAGAAAGAUACUCAAGGACUCGAGUGAUAAAAAAGAUUUGAUCUCAGACUGUUUUUUUUCUUUUUUCUU